AUGCUUGAUUACUAUACGGUGUUGUGCGUAAUUUUGCGAACGAGCCAAAUUCGAGUUCAGAAAGAUGACUCAAACCUCAAGGCUCCGUUCACUUCGUUUCACUUAGUUCGGUCGACGUUGGCCCGUGCCUCAACGUGUUCAUUCGAGACUAAACGAGAUUUAAGAGCUAAUCACAGGAUGUGGUCUUUAACAAUUUCCUCGGAACCUUCAAAUACGACGGAGCUUCAUCAUUGUAAAGGAAAUCAUUCUUCUCCGUUCGAUUUCAUGUUUUACUCAUGUUUUCAUUGGAACAUUAAUAUUAAUUAUUUCAUUAAUUCGAAUAUAUAUAAAUUACAUUUUUCAUUAAUUCGAUGUAAUUUGAUUAUUUCUUUAUUUUUUUCAUUAUGUAUUAAUUUAAUUAAUCAAUUAAUACAUAAGAAUUAGUUCCAUUUGAAUGUGAAUUUAAUCCAAUAUCAGAACAUCAAUCGUUUGUUAUAAUUUGUCAAAAUAGAGUUCUGGUUACAAAUGGUGGUUUCCCAUCUGUAACGUUUCCGGGCAAAGUAAAGAAAUCCAUGACUAAUUACUUGAGACAUCAAACUACGUUUCACCAACACUUUCCAUUCAAAGUUUUCCUGUCUUCUUCGCGUCACCUUUGGUUCAUCCUUUUGGAUCCCAAUUGUUCAAGGUUGCAUACAGCAGAGCAGAAAGAGUAA